CAGACUUUCUGUAUUUACAACGGUAUCGGUUCUGUUCUAGGUUGUUAUGUGUGGAUUACCAGCCAAGAAAAGAGUGCCGUGACGUGUUUAUAAAAUCGAAAUUGUGUUAGUGUGCCGUGAUAAAAUUAGAGCAUCGCGUUCGUAUUGCGAGCGAUUUUUUCGAAUCGGGAUGAGUAAAAAUUCAUCGGCCAUGCCUCCCCCGUACGGGAUAGUGCCCCCUGCUGCUCCCCCUAGUUACGCGCAGGCUGUUGGGGGGGUGGCCCCAUCUAGCCCGUAUGUGCCCAACCAUUCCUUCACGAAAGGACCAGAAAUAGUCACGACAGUAGUACCGGUGGGACCCAACCCGACACAUAUGAUAUGUCCACAUUGCCGAGCUGAAAUUGACACCUCCACCAAAUCUACCCCAGGGUUGAUAGCAUACAUUUCCAGUGGGAUACUUUGUAUGAUCGGGUGCUUUUUGGGCUGUUGUCUCAUACCUUGCUGCCUAGACAAAUGUAUGGAUGUCUCACACAAAUGCCCGAACUGUGACAACUACCUCGGAACUUAUAAACGAUAG